UUUAGGAACAGUGUGGGCCAAGUAAGGCCCAGCAUGGAGUGCAGCUGCCCACCUGUGCUCCAGGGCAACAGGAGGGUGUCUAGAGCCUGGAGCCAAAGCCAAGCAGUAAGGGGGCGUCUUCCUGCCUCAGCACAUCAGGAGCCAGCCUGCCCUCCUCACUGCCAUGUUUGUCCCCAGGCAGAACUGGCCACCUCUCACAAGUGCCUGCACCAUGAGGUAAAGCGGCUGAAUGAGGAAAACCAGGGGCUCCGGGCUGAGCAUUUGCCCUCUUCAGUCCCCCAGAGCCUGGAGCAGCUCGAGGGCGAGGAUGAGUCGCUGCCCAGCUCGGUGCAGGAGCUGCAGCAGCUGCUGCACCGCACGCGGCAGGAGGCGCGCGCCCGGCUGCAGGCCCGGGAGCACGAGGCCGAGCGCCUGCGGAUUGAGAUCGUUAAUCUGCGGGAGGCGCUGGAGGAGGAGACGGCGGCCAGGGCCAGCCUGGAGGGGCAGCUGCGG